UGUAAAUAGUGACAGAAAGGAGUUGGUCGUUUCGGGCGAUUCAGAUGUCUGCGAGAGCGACGAAAAGAUAGUAGCUGCCCACAGGAAUAUACGCUGUGGAAGAUGAGACAUAAAACCGCACACUGUGUCACCAGCGCUGGAUUUUGUAACGGUGCCGUGCUGUAGCCAUGGAGAACAAAGGCAACACCACGUUCCCCAGCCUGGGGGACCUGGACGACUUCCUUGUCAAGCACGACUCCAACUUCGUGUGGCUUCUCAUGGCCACCAUUCUGUCCUGUGGAUGGAUUAUAUACCUGACCUACUACAACUCGCGCAACAUCGGACUCAUAUUAACCCUGAUCAUCAACAGGCUCUACAAAAAUGGAUACAUCCAUAUUGGCUCUUUCUCAUUCUCCGUGCUGUCCGGGAAGGUGAUGUUCAGAGAUGUGUAUUACAUCAACCAGGACAUGUCAGUCAGAAUCCAAGAUGGCUUCCUCAUAUUCCGCUGGUGGAAGGUGUACAAUCCCAACCAAAAACAACAUGACCCAAAGGCAGAGACAAGGCUGUAUGUGACCGUGAACGGGUUCGAGUUCCACGUGUACAACCGCACCGACCUGUACGCGCGGCUGCAGGAGACCUUCGGACUGGAACCGACCCUCAUUCCGUCCAGAAAGGAGGAGGACAAAGGAAAGGACGAGGAAGAAAAGACCCUCCACAGUGUUAACAUCAAAACGGAGGCCCAAGACCCAGCGUCCUCCUGGAGGUCCCUCAUCCCUGUCAUCAAAGUCAACAUCAGCACUGGCCGGCUUGCAUUCGGGAACCACCACCUGCCGCAGACGCUGUGCGUGAACUUCGACGACGCCUUCCUGACGUACGCCACCAAGCCACCCUCCAGCCACCUGGACCAGUUCAUGCACAUCGUGAAGGGCACGCUGGAGAAUGUGCGUGUCAUGCUGGUGCCCAGCCCCCGCUACCUGGGCCUGCAGAACGACGAGCCUCCCAGACUGAUGGGAGAGGGCUUCGUGGUCAUGCAGUCGAACGACGUGGACAUUUACUACUACAUGGACGAGCCAGGCCUGGUCACAGAGGAGCUGGAGAAUGGUGAGACGGAGGCGUGUGGUGAAGGCACCAAGCUGCAGGACCUGCCCCCUUGCUGGGGUCUGGACAUCGUCUGUGGGAAAGGGACGGAUUUCAACUACGGGCCCUGGGCGGAUCGGCAGAGGGACUGCCUGUGGAAGUUCUUCCUCCCGGCAGACUACCAGCCCAUGAAGGUGACGGAGCUGGCCCAGCCCGGGAAGCCGCGGCAGAUCCUGGCCUUCGAGCUGCGCAUGAACAUCAUCGCUGACGCUACCAUCGACUUGCUCUUCACCAAAAACAGGGAAACCAACGCCAUCCAUGUGAACGUCGGUGCAGGUUCCUACCUCGAGGUCAACAUCCCCAUGACGGUGGGGGAGAACGGCUACUCGCCCACCAUCAAAGGCCAGCUGCUGCACGUGGACACCACCAGCAGCAUGCAGUACCGCACCCUGCUGGAGGCCGAGAUGCUCGCCUUCCAUGUGAAUGCCAGCUACCCGCGAGUGUGGAACAUGCCCCAGUCCUGGCAGUGUGAGAUCGAGGUAUACAAGGCCACCUACCACUUCAUCUAUGCCCAGAAGAGCUUCUUCACAGACCUGAUCCAGGACUGGUCCAGCGACAGCGCCCCAGAUAUCUACUCCUUCGUUCCGUACUCCUGGAAGUUCAAGAUCCUCUUCCACCAGUUUGAGAUGAUCUGGGCGGCCAACCAGCACAACUGGAUCGAUUGCUCCACCAAGCAACAGGAGAAUGUGUAUUUGGCUGCCUGUGGAGAAACCCUCAAUAUCGAUUUCACUCUGCCUUUCACCGAGUUCGUCCCAACCACCUGCAACACGCGCUUUAGCUUAAGGGCGGAGGACACGGACCUCCAGCUCUCCCUGCCAGACUGCCACCCCAGUCGGUACCCCCUGCUCACCCUGGCCAAAGACUACCAGCCCAACAAGAUCCCCCCGGAGACCUGCAUGCCCGGCGAGGGCCACGGGGGGGUGCCCAAACCGGGCAAGCCACGCUGGAGGAACAUCACCCACGCUGAAGCUGGCUGGGUGGAUUGCUGGACAGUGCCAAACUUCCUGCUCAUCAUCGACUACACCUGGCACCCCAUUUACCCCCAGAAGGCGGAUGAGCAGCUCAAGCAGACCCUGUCUGAGAUGGAGGAAUCGAUGCUGUCAGCGCUGCGGCCCCCGGAGCACACGCCCACGGCACCCCCUCAGCCCAGCAAGACUGUGACGGACCCCUCGGAGCUGGCCCCCGACCGGCUGCACGUGGAGAUGGAGCUCUCCCCGGACUCCCAGAUGACCCUGUACGGGCCCAUGCUCAGGGCGCUCCUCUCCAUCAAGGAGAAUUACUUCGGGGAGGACGACAUGUACACGGACUUCGAGGAGGUAGCGUCCAGCCCCGUGCUGUCCAUGUCCACCUCGUCCAGCUCGGGCUGGACGGCGCUGGGGAUGGAGGACAGCGACAAGCGGGACGGCGAGGGGCGCGCCGUCCACCCCCUCUCCCUGCGGCCCUGGGACAUCACUGUGCUCAUCAACCUGUACAAGGUUCACGGCCGCCUGCCCGUGCAUUGCAGCAGCGAUGGCCCAGAGGGUCCCACAGGUUACCUGGAGAGGCUGUGCUUCGAGAUGAAGAAGGGCUAUAAGGAGACCAUGCUACAGCUCGUCCUCUCCCCCAUACAUGUGUUCGUCAGUGACAACUACCAGCGGCCGGCGGUGGACGGGGUGCUGCGUGAGGGCCACCUCAGCCUGUCAGGGCUGCAGAUGCGUGCCCACGCCAUGUUCUCGGCCGAGGGCCUGCCUCUGGGCAGCGAGACGCUGGAGUAUGCCUGGCUCAUCGACGUGCAGGCCGGCGCGCUCACCGGGAAGGUCACUGUGCCACAGCUGGCCAGCUUGGUGGAGUGGGGUGAGGCCUUCGUGUUCCACGUGGUGUCCCGGGAGUUCCAGCUGGAGCGUCCCAAAUCCUCCAUCAUCUGCCAGCACGGGGUGGACCGGCGCAUCUGCGAGGCCAAGCUGGCCUCCCUGCCCGGGCCCUGCCGUACCUCUGAGGAGCUGAAGUACACCAUGACGCGGCUGUCUGUGGACGGCGUCGAUGUCUUCAUCGUGGAGCACGGCUGCGCGGCCAACGUCAAGACGAACUUCAUCCGCCUGGCCAACUGCAACCUGCACAACCAGGCGGUGGGGGAGGGCGUGAGCGCGGUGGUGCAGGACGUGCAGGUGCGGCAGUACAUCGAGCACCAGGACGGCGGCCGCCUGGGCCUGCAGCCCGCCGUGCUACGCCGCUCCUUCUGGCUGGAGGCCGGCUCCGUCAACUUCGCCCUCAUCACGGCCGACGUGGCGCUGGCCGCCGACCACCCCGCCAAGCACGAGGCGCAGAGGCAGUUCCUGGAGCUGCACGACGCCCGCACCAAGAGGCUCUGGUUCCUGUGGCCGGAGGACGUGCUGCGGAACAAGCGCAGCAGGAACAAGUGCGGCUGCCUGGGCGGGUGCCGAUUCUUCGGGGGCACCAACACGGGCCUGGACUUCUUCCGGCUGGAGGAGAUCACGCCCUCCAGCAGCUCCGCCUUCUCCAGCUCCAGCGCCGAGUCCGACAUGUGCUACGGCCAGUCGCUGCUGCAGCCCGGGGAGUGGAUCAUCACCAAGGAGCCGCCCAAACUGGCUGACGUGUCAAAGUGUAACGGGGUGAAGAGGGAGGGCCGCUCUCCGGGGCCGGAGCUGGAGAAGAGAGGCCAGCACCUGAGCCUGCAGGUGCCCCAGCGCUCCCACAGCUCCGCCUCGUCCUCUGAGGAGAACAGCUCCUCCAGCGCGGCGCUGCCCCUGCUGGCCGGGGAGAGGGACAGCCCGUCGCCCAGUGUGGACGAGAGCGCGGCGGCCCCCGACCACCCCCCGCCGGUCAAGCCCAACGGGGAUGCCAACGGAGAGGUCGCCAUCGGAGAGCCCCCAGAGAGCACCCCCGUCUCCCCCAGCAGCGCCCAGGAGAGGGCGUCCCUCCGCUCGCCCCUGCGCUCGCCCCUCAAGCGCCAGUCCUCCGUCCACUCGGGCCGGCUGGGCAGCACCAAGAGUCUGUCGGCCGCCGUGUUCGCCGACAAGCCGCCGCCGCCCGCCGGCGUGCAGUUCAGCAGCGAGGUGUCGCGCAGCGACGAGAACGUGCUGGACUCGCCCCGCCAGCGCCGUAGCUAUGGCUCCUUCCCCUUCACGCCCUCGGCCGACUCCAGCACCUUCCACCAGUACCGCUCCAUGGACUCCAGCAUGUCGGUGGCCGACAGCGAGGCCUAUUUCUCGGCCGCCGAGGAGCUGGAGCCCAUCAGCAGCGACGAGGGGCCCGGCACCUACCCCGGCCGCAAGCGCAAGCGGCGGCAGCAGGCCCAGCAGCAGAUGGACUACAGCCGCAGCUCCAUCUACCACAGCGUGGAGGGCCCGCUCACCUACGUGCUCAAUGGCGAGAUCAUCGCCGAGCCCCGCCCGUUGCCCAUGCGCAGCCACGCCUCCCAGGCCUCCUUCGUCUCCGCCCUGGGCAUCGAGGAGGAGGGCUCCAUCGAGGCGGAGAAGACCCCCGAGCCGGGGCUGGCCACCUCGGAGCCGCACGUCAUGGCCUGCUACCAGAGCUACUUGGCCCACUACCAGGUGUCCAACUGGGCCGUCAAGCAGCCCACCAAUAAGAGGACCUCCAAGUCCUCCCUGCACCGCCCGCUCGACCUGGACACGCCCACCAGCGAGGAGAGCUCCACUUCUUUCGACCAACUCUCCAUUCCUACUUUUAAGGUUGUGAAACAAGGUCUCUCCGCCAGCUCUUUACUUGACCGAGGAGUUCAGCUGAUGGGAGGUUCAAGCAGCACGCCGUACACGCCCCUGGAUAAGAAGGCCAUGGAGAACACGGACGAUGAGACCACCACGGAGGACUGGAGCCUAGACCAGCCGCUGUCCCAGACCAGGACCACCGCCAUCGUGGAGGUCAAGGGGGUGGUGGACGUGGUGCUGACGCCCCUAGUGGCUGAAGCGCUGGACAGGUACAUAGAGGCGAUGGUGCACUUUGCCAGCAUUCGACACCCCGCCUCCAUCCUGGACGACCUGCACGGCAAGGUGCUGAACGAGGCCUACCAGAUCAGCAAGUCCACCGUGUCUGACUCCAGCACGGUGAAACAAGAACAGAAGACCUCCAAGACCGAGGGCACCGCGCCGGGCCAGACUGACCUGUCCGUCAAACCGGAUAACGUGAAAAUUAAGGGCCUGCAAGCCAACGUUUCCAUCCCCAAGGUGAACCUGUGCCUGCUGCAGGCCUCCGUGGAGCAGGGUUCUCCCUCCAGCAGCGUCAAGAACGUCACCCACGUCUCCCUGGUGGCCCUAUGCUUCGACCGCAUCGCCACGCAGCUCCGGAUGAACCGGGGCAUCGUGGAGGAGGGCGCGAAUGCGGCGGAGCACGGCCGGCCCUCGGUCAUGCUCGAGAAGUACGCCUCGGCCACCAAGAUGCAGCCGCAGUCGUCCGGCUCGCUGCGCUCCAACGCCGGCAUCGAGAAGGGGAAGGAGAUUGCCGCCAAGCUGCACAUCCACCGCAUCCAUGGCCAGCUCCGGGGCCUGGACUCCUCCGACAUGGGCACCUGCUCCAUCACGGCCAUCCCCUUCGAGAAGUCCAAGGUGCUCUUCAGCCUGGAGGAGCCGGACGAGUUCACCUUCGUGGACGAGACGGAGCAGCCCGGCAACGCCGACCCCGCCCGCUCUGCCGCCGCUGCCGCCGCCGCCCCAGAGAAGUGGGGCUGGAUCAUGUUCGAGUGCGGCAUAGAGAACCUCACCGUGAAGGGCGGUCGCCAGUCGGGGGCGGUGUUGUACAGCGCCUUCGGCGUGAUGGGAAAGGCGGACGGCGGCGAGAAGAACGGCCGGUCCAAGUCCAACGGCUCUACCGGCUCGCAGACGGGCAGCGGCUACAGCACCGACGUGUCCGAGGACAACCUGCCCCACGACGCCGCCAGCCCCUCCUCCGACGCCAACGGCAACUCCGACUCCGACGAGCAGGACGAGGGGGUGGAGUCUGACGACCUGAAGAAGGACCUCCCGCUCAUGCCGCCGCCCCCGGACUCCAGCAGUAUGAAGCUCACCAUCAAGGAGAUCUGGUUCAGUUUUGCUGCGCCCACCAACGUGCGCUCCCAGGCCUUCUCCAGGCAGCUGAACCUCCUCAGCACAGCGACCCCCGCCAUCGGCGCCUGGCUCGUCCCCAUCGACCAGCUGAAGUCGUCGCUGCACAAGCUGGAUACCGAGGGAACGCUGCGGGUGUGCGCCGUCAUGGGCUGCAUCAUGACCGAAGCCCUGGAGAAAAAGAGCAUCCACAUCCCCAUCCGGAGCAAGUACAACCGGGUGACGAAGCGGGCGCGCUUCCUGCACGAGAACCCGUCCUGCAUGCUGUGCAACAUCCUGCACCGCUACCUGCAGCAGGCCGACUACUCCGUCAUCGAGGAGGCCACCAUGAACGACGGGCUGCCCGCGCUGGUGACUCUGAAGAAGGGGCUGGUGGCGCUGGCGCGGCAGUGGAUGAAGUUCAUCGUGGUGACGCAGGGCUUCAAGGCCGUGGGCCUGAUGCGGCCCAUGCAGCUGCCCAAGGCCAAGGAGCCGGCGCAGAGCCAGUUCGAGGCGGGCCCGGGCCCGGACAACGGCACCGGCCUGCAGAGCGACACCAGCGCCGAUGGCGCCGAGCUCGAGUUCGACGCAGCCACAGUGAGCGAGCACACCAUGCUGUUGGAGGGGGCCUGCAGCCGCCCCCCUCAGAACAGCGGCAACGCCGGGCCUGUCAGCGGCGUCCAGAUCAUGAGGAAGCUGUCCAAGUCACACACGCACAGCGAGUCUGCCCUCAAGAUAAAGGGCUCGCACCCGUACCAGUCUCUGAGCUACACCAGCGGGGACACGGCGGCGGACUCGCCCGCGCACGUGAGCCGCACCGGACUGCUGCUGAAGGACAGCCCUCGCAAGGAGAGCCUGCUCAGCUACCUGACCGGCAGCUUCCCCAGCCUGCACAACCUGCUGGAGGGAAGCAUGCCGCAGGCCGGCGCCGCCGCCGCCAAGAGCAGCUCCCUCACGCGCAGGGGCAACAACGUGGGCUCCGACAUGCUGACAGAGCACCCCCUGCUGUCAGAGCCCUCCUCCGUCAGCUUCUACAACUGGAUGUCCAACGCCGUGGGGAACCGGGGGGGCAGCGUGGUGCAGGAGUCGCCUGUCAACCGCUCCCAGCACAACAGCCUGCAGACCGGUAUCACCUGUAACCUCCCCACCAUCCCGUCGGCCUCCGACUUCAACACGGUGCUGUCCAGCGACCAGAACACGCUGGACGGCACCCACUCCCAGCACAGCACCAGCCAGGAUGACAUCGCCGACAUCGAGGAAGGCAACCAAUGCCCCGCGGCCGUGCAGCUGGCCGACGCCCAGGUUGUAUUCAAGCCUCUCCUGAGCCACACAGGUAUCCAGUCUCAAGAUGCAGCACCCCUCAGCUACCGAAUGUAUUUUGGGGAGCACCUCUCCUUCUCUGGGACCCUGGAGUGCUUGCGAGCAGACAUUGUGGAUUCCGACACAUCCAAGGACCGGAAGAACAAAAGAUCUAGAAGGCAGGGGAUGGUGAACCUCCCGCCCCUGGAGUUCAAGCCGGCUCUGAUGAUCGAGACGUUCAGCCUGAACGCAGUGGUGAUGGAGAAGUCCAUGAGCACGCCGCAGAACUCGGCCAGCGCCCUCUCUUUCCACGACCUCAACCGCCGCCACUACAACACGUUCCACUGCGACUUCACCAUCUCUUGCCAGUCCAUCAGCCAGCACGUGGACAUGGCCCUGGUGCGCCUUAUCCACCAGUUCAGCACCAUGAUCGACGACAUCAAGGCCACGCAGACCGACAUCAAGCUGAGCCGCUACACGGCCGGCUCCGCCUCACCCACGCCCACCUUCAAGGCGCGCGGCCACCGCGACUUCCGCUCCUCGGACUUCAGCCGGAGCUCGCGGGGCAGCCUGAAUGGGGCCAGCCGCGCCGCCAACCAGAAGGGCAAGCGGGCCGGCGCCGGCCCGGGGGGCGGGCUGCCGGGCCUGGACACGCUGGCCAGGAAGGAGCCCCGCGGCAGGAGCUCACUGGGCCGCUCGGAGCGCCGCACCUCCAAGGUGUCGCGAAAGGGCUCGCGGGACGUGGCCGACCACAUGGCCAUCCAGAUGGACGACUCGGACUCCAUCACCGUGUCGGAGCAGAGCGAGCCCUCGGCCGAGUGCUGGCAGAACAUGUACAAGCUGCUCAACUUCUAUUCGCUCAUCUCCGACCCCACCGGCAUCCUGGAGAAGAGCUCCCCAGAGAACUGCCUCACAGAGGGCGGCCGCAGCCCCUCGGACCCCACCUGCCGGGUAGUGUUUGAGAACGAGCAGGAGCCCUCCAGCCCGAACAAGCCGGCCCGCCGGCGCAGCCUGGUGAGCUCAGAGCCGCAGCACGUCACCCUCAUCGUCUUCGGCGUGGGCAUGGUCAACCGCACGCACCUGGAGGCCGACAUCGGGGGCCUCACCAUGGAGGCCGAGCUCAAGAAGAUCCACGGCAGCUUCACGCUCAAGGAGAAGAUGAAGGAUAUACUACACCAGAAGAUGACAGAGACGUGUGCCUCUGCUCACAUAGGGGGGGUUAACAUUGUUCUCCUGGAGGGCAUAACACCGAACAUACAACUGGAGGAUUUCCCCACUUCUCCUACCAGCACUGCCAAACAAGAGUUUCUAACGGUAGUAAAGUGCAACAUAGCCAAGUCCCAGGCCCUGUACAGCGCCCAGCGUGGGCUGAAGACCAACAACGCCGCCGUCUUCAAGGUGGGCGCCAUCAUCAUCAACAUCCCCCAGCACCCCGCCACGCUGCACAGCAUGAUGGUCCGCAGCUCCCACCAGCUCUCCAAGCAGAUCUCCGACCUCAUCCGCCAGCCGUCCACUGCGCCACCGGCAAACAGGGAGGACACUGCCACGCCCCAGGCCUCAGACAAGACCUCCUCCAGUGUCAACCAGACGCCCGUGGAGGCCAACGAGUUCCCGCAGCUGCCCGAAGGCCUGGAGAAGAAGCCGAUCGUGCUCAAGUUCAGCGCCAUGAUGGACGGGAUCACCAUCGGGGCGGCGCUGCUGCCCUCGCUCAAGGCCGAGUACAAGAUGGGCCGCAUGAGGAGUCACGGCAUGACAGGUGCCCAGACGAGCUUCACGUUCGAGCUGCCCAAUCACAAGCUGCGCUUCCAGUCCAAGGUGUCGCCGGUGGACAUGAGCAACAUGCCGCCGUCCGCCAGCCUCAACCUGCCCCCCGUCACCAUGUCGGGCGAGUACAUCAUGGAGGACCAUGACAGCCACUCCGACCAGGGCUGGGCCCCCGACGACUUCCCCACCAAGCAGGGCAACUAUCUCCAGGGCAACUACCUGCGCUGCGUUGCUGAGAUCGGCUCAUUCGAACACAACCUGACCACAGACCUCCUGAACCACCUGGUCUUCUUGCAGAAGGUCUUUAUGAAAGAAGUGAACGAGGUCAUCCAGAAAGUCUCAGGAGGGGAGCAGCCCAUCCCCCUGUGGAACGAACACGACGUCUCGACAGACGGCGACAAACCCAAGAUCCUCCUCUACUCGCUCAACCUCAUGUUCAAGGGGAUACAGAUGACGGCCACCACGCCCUCCAUGCGGGCGGUGCGCUUCGAGACGGGCCUCAUCGAGCUGGAGCUCUCCAACCGCAUCCAGUGCAAGGCCCAGCCCGGCAGCAGCAGCUACCUCAAGCUCUUCGGGAAAUGCCAGGUCGACCUACACCUGGCGCUGGGCCAGAUCGUCAAGCACCAGGUGUAUGAGGAGGCAGGCUCCGACUUCCACCAGGUGGCGUACUUCCGGACGCGGAUUGGCCUGCGCAACGCCCUGCAGGAAGAGAUCAGUGGCUCCUCGGACAAGGAGGCGGUGCUCAUCACCCUCAACCGUCCAAUCGUCUUCGCCCAGCCUGUGGCCUUCGACAGAGCGGUGCUCUUCUGGCUCAACUACAAGGCCGCUUACGACAACUGGAAUGAGCAGCGUAUGGCCCUCAACAAGGACAUCCACGUGGCCACCAAGGAGGUGGUGGACAAGCUGCCUGGCAUCCAGCAGACCUCGGCCCAGGCCUUCAGCACCCUCUUCCUGCAGCUGACCGUCAACGACCUGGGCAUCUGCCUGCCCAUCACCAGCACCUCGCAGAAAGGACAUUUUCCGCUAAAGGAGAGCCGGAGUAUACCCAGCUGCGAAGCAUGGGCCUCCACAUCUGUAGGACAGGAAAAAUUUGCAAAAAAAGCCAAUCACACCCUCGACUUCGACACGGGCUCCGCCCUGGUCCUGACCAUCGAGAGCACGCUGAUCACGGCCUGCUCGUCGGAGUCGCUGGUCAGCAAGGGCCACUUCAAGAACUUCUGCCUGCGCUUCGCCGAGGGCUUCGAGAGGACCUGGGACGACUGGAAGCCUGAAGUGCGGGGCGACCUGGUCAUGAACGCCUGUGUGGUUCCAGAUGGCACCUAUGAAGUGUGCUCCAGGACGACGGGCCAGCCGUCUGCAGAGAGCAGCAGUGCGGGCACCUGGACCCUGAACGUCCUGUGGAAGAUGUGUGGUAUCGACGUCCACAUGGACCCCAACAUCGGCAAGCGCCUCAACGCCCUCGGCAACACCCUCACCUCCCUGACCGGCGAGGAGGACGUGGACGACAUCGCCGACCUCAACUCCAUCAACAUGGCCGACCUGUCGGACGAAGACGAGACGGACACCAUGUCCCCCACCAUCCACGUGAGCGUGGAGGGCGACUCCAGGCUCACAUUCAGGAAGCGCCUGGUGAACCACAUCCUGGGCCUGAGCCCCAAACCCCAGAAGCUGUCGGUUCCGGCUGAGUACCUGAACGUGUUUGCGUCCUCCGAUGGCACCCUGUCUAAAGCGGGCCUGGCCCGGGCUAGACCCCUCUCCUGGGGCUGCGAACCCAUCGACCACAGGCGGCAGGCUUCUGUGGGGAGCCAGAUUGUGGACGCGCGGGGGCGGAAGUUCUCCAAGCGGCUGGUGGACAUCCGCGAGCUGAACGAACAGGCCAAGGUCAUCGACGACCUCAAGAAGCUGGGAGCGAGCGAGGGAACUAUAAACCAGGAGAUCCAGCGCUACCAGCAGCUGGAGUCGGUGGCGGUGAAUGACAUUCGGAGAGACGUGAGGAAGAAGCUGCGGCGCUCCAGCAUGCGGGCCGCCUCAUUAAAAGACAAGUGGGGCCUGGGGUACAAACCCAGUUACAACCGUUCCAAGAGCAUCUCCGCCGCCGGGAGGCCACCUUUAAAGAGGCUGGAACGGGCAAGCUCUAGAAUCGGAGACGUAGAUGACCUUCCUGACAUCCGAGUGGACGCCUCGUCCCCAGGACCGAGGGUUACCUUCAACAUCCAGGACACGAUUGAUAAUCUGAUUUUGGACAUGCCUAACCACCCUGGCAGUCCAGGAGAGUUGUGUUUCAAGUUCCCAGAGGAGACAGAAAUGGAGCUGUUGUCUGUGGCGGUCGAGGAGCCGCUCCAUCCUUUCCCAUCCGUUAGUGAAGGCGCAUGCUCAGUGUUCAGUGCCCCCGCCACCCCCGCCGUCUUCUCACCCAGCCUUCCCUUCCAGCCCGAGGACAGCAGGCGAGACGAUAGCUCCCUGUCGUCCUCCGACGACUCCGACAAGGACGAGGAGUUCGACAGGGAGAGGCCCACCUACAGUUACAGGAGGCCCAUGCAAACGUCCCGCAAGAAGUCGUCGGGCUUCGCGGCGGUGAGCCAGCUCUUCAGCGAGCGCUGGCCGGGCACGCCCGCCGGCCGCAGCGCGGUCAGCUCGGCCACCGAGAGGAACAUCGACUUCGAGCUGGACGUGCGCGUGGAGAUCGACAGCGGCAAGUGCGUGCUGCACCCCACCACCCAGCAGGCCGAGCACGACGACAUCUCCCUCAGGAGGAGUUGUGAUCGUAGCCUGAGGAGUCUAGACCAGGAGUCUCCGCCGAAGAAGAAGAAAAUCCAGCCGGCCUACACAUCCACCGCCCACCUCCUGGCGGGGAAGAAAGUGCCCUCCUCCCUGCAGACCAAGUCUAGCGACUCGGAGACGACAGUGUUUUACAUUCCCGGUGUCGACGUCAAGUUGCACUACAAUUCCAAGACCCUGAAGACGGAGUCGCCGAACGCAUCGCGGGGAUCCUCCUUGCCCAGAACCCUGUCUAAAGAGUCCAAGCUGUAUGGUAUGAAAGAUAGCAGCACUCCUAAUCCUCCCAAUCCAGCCCAAAGCAAGACUAAUACGCUCCUACCUCCCCCACCCCCACCUAUUCCAUCAGCCAAAGGGAAGGGGAGUGGAGGCGUGAAGACUGCCAAGCUGUACGCCUGGGUGGCCCUGCAGACCCUGCCAGAGGAAAUGGUCAUCAGCCCCUGUCUGCUCGACUUCCUGGAGAAAGCGUUAGAGACCAUCCCCAUCACCCCUGUGGAGAGAAACUACACUACCAUGAACUCCCAGGAUGAAGACAUGGGCCAGUUUGAGCCGGUCGACCCACUGGAGGAGUCGACCACGUCGCUGGUGUCCUCCUCCACCUCCGCCUACUCCUCCUUCCCUGUGGACGUGGUGGUGUACGUCCGAGUGCAGCCGUCUCAGAUCCGGUUCAGCUGCCUGCCCAUGUCGCGGGUGGAGUGCAUGCUGAAGCUGCCCUCCCUGGACCUGGUGUUCUCUUCCAACCGGGGCGAGCUGGAGACCCCCGUCACCACGCACCCCGGCGACGGGCUGCACCAGUCUUCCUCUGCCUCCCCGCUCGCUCACAACCUGCUCAAAGCCUCUGCCAGCAAAGGUCCCUCUCCGGGAUUGGGAAGCCCCCUGGGGAGGAGCAGACACAGCAGCAGCCAAUCAGACCUCACGGGACCGCCCGCCAACUCGUCGGGCCUCAGCUUCACUGCCUGCAUGUCGGACUUCUCCCUCUACGUGUUCCACCCCUACGGCGCGGGGAAGCAGAAGUCUGCAGUGUCUGGGCUGGCCCCCGGCCCGGGGCCACUAGGUGCAGUGGACGAGGAGCCCUCCUCGGUGACGGGGCGGAAGGACUCUCUCAGCAUCAACCUGGAGUUCGUCAAGGUCAGCCUGUCCCGGAUGAGACGGAGCGGGUGGCCGACCUUCAUUGAGAGCUUCACACCCGGCAAGGGUGGAAAGAUGGACACCACCCUCAUCAACAUCUCAGCUGUGUGCGACAUCGGGUCGGCCUCCUUCAAGUACGACAUGAGGCGGCUGAGCGAGAUCCUGGCCUUCCCCAGGGCCUGGUACCGCCGGAGCAUCGCCCGCCGCCUCUUCCUGGGGGACCAGACCAUCAACCUGCCCCCGUCGGGCCCCGCCACCCCGGACUCGGUGGAGAACAUGAGCCAGCACCUGUCCCCGGAGUCGACGCGCAAGGCCAGCUGGAGGACGUGGGAGCAGCCCAGCCAGUCGUCCUCCUUCCAGCACGUGCCCCAGUCACCCAACGUCUUCGCCGACCACUCGGCCGCCAGCACCAUGUCCCCCGGCGGGCUGUCCCACCUCAAGUCCCCCGCCACGGCCCGCUCCAGGAGCGUGUCCGACUCCUCCGUCCCCAGGAGAGAUUCCGUCACCAAGACGUCCACGCCGUCCUUCAACAAGAACAACAAGGCCGGCGGCCAGCAGGGGGCGCCCUGGGAGACCCUGGUGGUGUUCGCCAUCAACCUGAAGCAGCUGAACGUUCAGAUGAACAUGAGCAACGUCAUGGGCAACAACACGUGGACCACCAGUGGGCUGAAGAGCCAGGGCCGCUUGUCUGUGGGCAGUAACAGAGACCGCGAGAUCAGCAUGUCCGUGGGGCUCGGCCGGUCAAAGCUGGACUCCAAAGGGGGUGUGGUGGGGGGUAACAUCGAUGUCAACACCCUGGAGAUGGUCUCUCACAUCUCGGAGCAUCCCAACCAGCAGCCCAGCCACAAGAUCCAGAUCACCAUGGGCUCCACGGAGGCCCGCGUGGACUACAUGGGCUCCAGCAUCCUGAUGGGCAUCUUCAGCAACGCUGACCUCCAGCUGCAGGACGAGUGGAAGGUCAGCAUGGGCAGCGCGGUGGACACCAGCCUGUCAGAGAAAAGUGAGAUCUUCGUCCACGGCGACCUGCAGUGGGACAUCUUCCAGGUGAUCAUCUCUCGCUCCACCACGCCGGACCUCAUCAAGAUCGGCAUGAAGCUGCAGGAGUUCUUCACCCAGCAGUUUGACACCAGCAAGCGGGCCCUGUCCACCUGGGGACCGGUGCACUACCUGCCCCCAAAAGCACCGGUGGUCAACAUGGAGAAGGGCUCCACCGAACUCUACAUGGAUGCCGCCCACCACCGCCACUGGCCGGACGUCCUGAAGGUGAUCGCCGGGUGCCACAUCUCCCUCUUCCAGAUGCCUCUCCCCGAAGAUGCCGUUCAGCUGGGUGGCUCCAUGAGCCUCCACGGCAACCACAUGACCUUGGCUUGCUUCCAUGGGCCCAACUUCCGUUCCAAAUCCUGGGCCCUGUUCCACCUGGAGGAGCCCAACAUUGCCUUCUGGACUGAGGCACAGAAGAUUCUGGAGGAUGGCUCUAGCGACGAUUCCACAUACAUCGUGCAGACUCUGGACUUCCACCUGGGGCACAACACCAUGGUAACCAAGCCCUGUGGUGCACUCGAGAGCCCCAUGGCCACCAUCACCAAAAUCACCCGCAGGCGGCACGAGAACCCGCCGCAUGGAGUGGCCAGCGUCAAGGAGUGGUUUAACUACGUGACCGCCAUGAGGAAUGAGGAGCUGAACCUCCUCCGAAAUGCGGACUCCAACAACCCUGAGAGUGGGGCAGCGGCCAAGAGCUCCAGCCUGCUCAGCGGCUUCAGGGGAUCAUCAGCUUACAACCACGAGACCGAGACCAUCUUUGCUCUACCCAGAAUGCAGCUGGACUUUAAGUCCAUCCAUGUGCAGGAUCCCGAAGAGCCUUCGUUGACCGACUCCAGCAGCAAACCCAAGGUGGAGUGCAGUGUGGUGACGGAGUUCACCGACCACAUCUGCGUCACCAUGGACGCCGAGCUCAUCAUGUUCCUGCACGACCUGGUGUCCGCCUACCUGAAGGAGAAGGAGAAAGCACUCUUUGCUCCACGGAUCUUUGCUGCCCGGCCCGGGCAGAAGAGCCCGACCGCCGUCCAUGACGAGAACUCCACAGACAAGGACAAGGACAAGGACAAGGAGGACACCAUUAACUACACCACUGUGGACUGGAGAGAGUUCAUGUGCAACACCUGGCACCUGGAGCCCACCCUGAGGUUAAUUUCCUGGACGGGGAGGAAGAUCGACCCAGUUGGCGUGGACUACAUUCUGCAAAAACUAGGUUUCCAUCAUGCGAGGACUACGAUUCCCAAGUGGCUUCAGAGGGGGGUGAUGGACCCCUUGGACAAGGUUCUCUCUGUCCUGAUAAAGAAAAUGGGCACUGCACUGCAGGAUGAGAAGGAAAAGAAAGGACGAGACAAGGAUGAACAUUAACCCUGAAGCUCCCGUGUUUUGCCCCCCCCCCCCUUAACUCCGUUACACUUCAUUAAAGCCUAAAAUUCAAAAUGUGAAAUGCUUGCCGCAUAAGUCCGGUGGGUCAUACGGAAAAUAUUCCUACUAUAAACACUGGAUGUUCCUUAGCUACUGCACACUGCAUCUACUGUAGGCGCUCACUAUGACUGCCCAACCAUGUGAGUUUGAACAUAGAUGUUUACUCUGGUGCAUGCUGCCACCGUACUGAGUUUUGACCGAAGGUGUUGCACAACUGUUGUAUUAUGUAUAUUUUGAACAAAAAGUAGGGUAACAUGUCAUGUCGCUGCUUAGACCUUUUUUUAAAUGAUAUGUGCAAUAGACUAAUGUAUAUACAAUAACUGUAUUGACAUUUUAAUGUGAAUUUCUUAAAUGUGUUGAUUUGUUAACAUAAUAAAAUCAUGGCCAUUA